AUGGUCUCUAAAUAUAAACGGAAAAGCGAGCAACAGUCUUGGGAUCCUCAGGCGAUGCAGCGGGCUAUCGACGCCGUGAAAGAUGGUAUGCCAAUGCAGACAGCUGCCAAAAGCUUCAAUGUUCCAAGGAACACGUUGAAACGCCGGGUUUUAAAUAGGAACCAGCAUGCUAAGGCAACAAACAAAGUUCUUGGCCACUACCGUCCUGUUUUCACUGCAGAACAAGAAGAGCAGCUUGUAAAACAUCUUCUAGAAAUGGAGAUACGCUUUUUCGGAAUCACUGUACCUGAUUUGCGGAGUCUUGCGUACAAACUUGCGGAGCAAAAUAAAAUCCCACAUAACUUCAACAAUGAAAAAAAAAUGGCUGGGAAAGAUUGGGUUAGGGGCUUUAGACAGCGCCACCCUGAAAUGGUGUUGAGAGUACCAGAGGCAACUUCGGCGGCAAGAGCUCAAGCGUUUAACAAAGUAAAUGUUUCGAAGUUCUUCGACAUUUUAGAGGAUGUCCAGAAAAACCAUUUAUAUCCUCCUCACAGGGUUUACAAUGUCGACGAAACAGGACUUAUGACUGUCCAGACUAAAUCGUCAAAGGUUUUUGCGCUUAAAGGCAGACGACAAGUUGGCUCUCUCACAUCUGCUGAAAGAGGUGUUCUUUCGACAUUUGUAGUUUCUAUGUCAGCAGGGGGGACUUUUAUACCUCCUAUGGUCAUAUUUCCAAGGCAGCGGAUGAAAGUUGAGCUCCAGGAUGGUUCUCCGCCAGGGACAGUUUUCGCCUGCCAUCCAUCAGGAUGGAUGCAAACGGACAUUUUCACUCAAUGGUUUGAGCACUUUUUACGCUUUGCUAAGCCUUCAGAAGACGACCCUGUUUUAUUGGUACUUGAUGGACAUGCAACGCACACCAGGAACCUUGAAUUUCUAGAAAAGGCCAGGAAAAACCAUACAACUGUGGUUUGCAUCCCCCCUCAUUGCAGUCACAAGCUCCAGCCGUUAGACGUUGCGUUUAUGGGGCCAUUUAACACCUAUUAUGUACAAGCAAUUGAGAGAUUCUUGCGAAAUAACCCUGGUAGGCAAGUAACCCAAUAUCAAGUGUCUCGUCUUCUCGGGGAGUCAUUUUUGAGCGCAGCUACUCCUACUGUUGCGGUUAACGGAUUUAGAAGGUGUGGCAUAGUGUCAAUCAACAGAGAUGUGUUCACUGAAGCAGAUUUUAUUGCUUCUACAACAACGGAAAUUCCCAAUCCAUCUCAGUCACACCGCACAGCUGACAUCAAUCCAGUUUCACCGGACUCUGAUAAAGAAGGAUCUGCUGAUGCCGAUCCCAACGCAAGUGCAACAUCAGGGCCUGUUGAUCCCGAUCCCGAAGAAAGCACAAGCUCAGGGCCUAUAUUAGGUGCCGGAGACCCCACAGCAUUAUUUGUUCUCGUCUCUUCAACCCUAAAUGCCUCAAAUGAUGGUCGUCCAUUAAAACCCGAUGCCUCAUCUGCCUUAAGCUCCAUGCCUAGUACCUCAUCUGCUGCUGAACUUGAAGCAGCGAAGGCAGAAAAGGAAGACAAAGAAAAACUGAAGAGGAUCAAACUAGAGAAAAAAGAAGAAAAAAAGAAGUUGGCUACCAAGAAAAAGAAACCAGCUGUCAAACAGAAAAGGAAACCAAAAGUGGGAAAUCGUGCUUUGUUUUUGAACGAAUCUGACAGUGAUGAAAGUGACGUGGAUUGUUUGUUCUGCCAGGACUCGUUCUCAAAAUCAAAAGAAAAUGAAGGGUGGAUAAGGUGUUCGGCUUGCCACAAAUGGGCACAUGAAGCGUGUGCUGGAUGUGAAGAAGAGGACAAUGAAUUUAUUUGUGACCUGUGUAAAUAG